AUGCUCCCCGAAAUCGCAGCGCUCUUCGACGACGACCCUCCGGCCGCCGACGAUCCUCCGUCCGGCCCCACCAGCCCUCCGCCACGCGCUGAGCCGGCCGCGGAGCCGGCAAAGCGCUCCGCCGCAGAGGCGCCCACGCCGUCGACCGCGAGGCGCAAGGUGCCGCGCCUCGGGUCCGGCGGCGCGUCGGCGGCCUGCGGCGCGGACGCGCGGCGCGCGGCGCGCGAGGAGCGGUACGGCCUCGUGCCGCCCGAGCUGAUGCACCUCUUCAACGUCGCCAACGCGCUCGUCAAGCCGCGCCUCGAGGCCUUCUUCUUCGCCGUCGCGCGCGAGCUGCCCGAGCUCAGCCAGUUCUAUGGCACCAACAAGAGGCGCGAGUGCGUGUACCGGAGGGCGGCCAAGGCUGUCGGGAUUCGCGGGCGCGACCGCGCCGCGGCGCGAGGGCAGCGCGUCCUCUGCCACGUGAGCCGGCAGCGGCACGGCGCCAACGCGCUGUCUGGCCCGGACUCGCACGCCGACAUAAAAAACCCGCUCUGGUUCGAGCCGGCGCCGCGCAACAUCAAGCGGCGCGGCGCGGCGAUGGCGCCCGGCACGCAGAUCGUUCUCGCCGAGGGCCUCAGCGACGAGCAGCAGCAGCAGCAGGAGGACGGCGACGACGACGACGACGAGGAGGAGGAGGAGGAGGAGGCGCCGGCGGGCGACUUGGAGGAUGGCGCGCUGGCGGCGCUGCAGGACACGGUGGCGGAGUUGCAGUGCGUCCCGCCUCGUGCCAGCGACGAGGAGAUGGCCACAUCGGCGGUGCGGGAGGCCGCCAACCUGGACGUGACCACGCGCACCGUCGAGGACAUCGAGGAGGAGGUGCGGACGGCGGCGGGGUGGGUGGCGGCGCUGCGGGCGUUCGCGGCGGUGGCAGGCGAGGGCGCUUGCCUCGCCACCGAACCGGUCUCGCCCUUUGUCCGCCACGUCAUCCACUACUACGUGAGCGUGGUUGGCGCCAGAGCAGGGCUCGCUCUUCAGGACGAAAAGAGCGCUGACACAGAGGCGCGGCGGCAGGUCAAGCCGAUGCGGGUCUUCUGCGUCGGGGAGGACCCAAGUCCGCCUGCGCUGCCUGCACCCGUCCUCGCGCCCGCAAUGUCCGCGCUGCCGCGGCCACAAACGCCGCCCGGCCAGAGGGCGCCAGAGCAGUGCCCGCCUCGGCAGCCGCCGCCCCGGCCGUACCCGCCUCAGCAGCCGCCGCCGCCGCCCGCGGGCCCCUCCGCCUUCCGCACGUACCUCGACACGCCCUUCGCGCAGAAGGACGCCUGCAAGGCGCUCGGAGGACGGUGGGACAGGAAGCGAAAAGCGUGGUACGCGCCGGCGGGCGUCGACCUCACGCCAUUCGUGCAGCAGUGGUGCCAGCGACACGACCUCAACGCGCAGCGAGUGCCGUGA